AUGCCUGACAGGAACAGCAGUGGAGUGAAGGAGUUUGUGUUCACGGGAUUCACUGACAGUCCAGAGUUGGCUGCCAUCUUGUUUGCAUUGUUUCUAGUCAAUUAUCUCAUCACAAUUGUGGGAAAUCUUGGGAUGCUUAUGUUAAUCAGGGCUGAUGCUCGAUUUCACACCCCCAUGUAUUUCUUCCUUAGUAAUUUGUCCUUCUUAGACAUUUGCUACUCAACUACCAUCAGUCCCAGGCUGUUGAAAGACCUCCUAAGGGAAAAGAAAGUGAUUACUUUCAGUGAGUGUAUAGUUCAGUUCUAUUUUUAUGUAACUUUUGCCACCACUGAGUGUUACCUCCUGGCUGCUAUGGCAUAUGACCGCUACAUGGCCAUCUGCAACCCACUCACCUACACAAUCACCAUGUCUCAGAAGGUUUGUGCUUUUCUGGUGGCUGGUUCAUACAUUGCUGGAACUGUCAAUGCUGUGAUACACACAGGUUGCAUGACUCGUUUAUCAUUUUGUGGUCCUAAUGUCAUUGAUCAUUUUUACUGUGAAGGUCCCCCACUCUUUCAACUUUCCUGUUCUGAUACCAGCCUCAAUAUCUUUGUCAUGUUUUCAUUUGCUAGCUUUAACCUGAUAAGCACCCAUUUGACAGUCCUUAUCUCUUACUCUUACAUUGUUGCCACUAUUUUGAGAAUCCGCUCAGUUGAGGGCAGGCAUAAAGCCUUCUCCACCUGCUCUUCCCACCUGAUGGCUGUUAUUAUCCUUUAUGGCAGCUUUAUCUUUAUGUAUCUCCAACCUAAUACAUCAAGAAAUGGAGGCAAAGUGGCCUCUUUAUUGUAUGCGGUGGUAAUACCCAUGCUAAAUCCCCUCAUCUACAGCUUGAGGAAUAAGGAAGUGAAGAGUGCUCUGAGACGGGUGAUGGAGAAGGGAAUUUCUUCUUUUAGUCAUGUCUUGUAG